AUGCCCAACAAGGAGAAGCUCGCGAAGAAGAAUGCGUACUUCAACAAGCUCAUCGACCUUUGCGUGAACACUCCCAAUGCACUGCUGGUCAAUGUGGACAACAUCUCCUCCAAGCAGAUGCAGGACAUCCGCAUGGAGCUGCGAGGCAAGGCCGUGGUGCUGAUGGGCAAGAACACCAUGAUCCGCAAGGCGCUGGCCAUCGGUCACGAGCAGCACCCGGAGGCGGGCCUGGACAAGCUGCGGAGCAUCAUGCAGGGCAACAUCGGCUUCAUCUUCGCCACGAGCUGCUCCUUGGAUGACAUCCGGGAGGUCUUGGGCCAGUUCAAGCGUGAGUCCGGCGCAAAGGCUGGCCAGACCUCCAUCGUGGAUUGGUUCAUCCCCGCGGGCCCCACUGGCAUGGACCCUUCUCAGACCUCCUUCUUCCAGGCUCUGAACAUCGGCACGAAGAUUGUGAAGGGCCAGAUCGAGCUGGUGUCCGAUUUCAGGAUCCUGACCAACGGGGAGCGAGUCUCCGCGAGCGGCGCCGUGCUGCUGGGCAAGCUGGGCAUCAAGCCCUUCGAGUACAAGAUGGAGGUGAAGUACGUCUUCCAGGACUCGACCGUCUUCAGUGCCGCGGUCCUCGACAUGUCGGAGGAGAUGCUUAUCCAGAAGUUCCUUGCGGGCAUUGCCAACAUGGCUGCCUUUAGCCGGGAGGUGGGCAUCCCCACAGAGGCGGGCCUGCCCCACGCCUUCGGCAACGCCCUGAAGAACGUGGCGGCCCUGGUGGCGGACAUCGACUUUACCUUCGAGGAGGUCGAGGAGGCCAAGAAGUUCUUCGCGGACCCCGACGCCUACGCGGCCGCCAACCCGGGGGCUUCUUCCGCGGCCCCGGCCGCCGGUGGCGGCGGCGCGGCGAAGAAGGAGGAGAAGAAGGCAGUGGUCGAAGAGGAGGAAGAGGAGGAGAUGGAUUUCGACCUCUUCGGCUAG